AUGGAGAAAAACGUGCAGCAGAAUCUACACAAAUAUUUUGUUCCACUUCGGCAGACUUCAUCGAACGUAUUACGUGGGUUGGAAAAUACUUUUUUUGAUCCGCCUGAUAAGACUCCAAAAUCAUCCCGGCACAGUUCUACUAGAAGACCAGAAAGAAAGAGGACAUCUCUACAGCUGCCGGCUCAUCUGAGUCUCAAAAGACCAAAUUUUGAGGUGUUGGAGUGCGACAAUCUGUAUGAGCUGCCAACUGAUGCAGAGUUUGAGAAAUAUCGAGAAAUUCAAUUUAAAAGUUUCAAAUGUUGUUUUCAGCAGGAAGGCCUACCAGGCGAGCUUCAUGUGGAAUAUUCGCUGGAGAUUGUUUCUCAUCCUGAAGUACAGUCAUCUGCAUUUGAAAGCAUCAGUGCAAAGACAUUGGGCGAAUUGUUGACGAAGCUGUCUAAAGAAGAAUUUAUGGAAAAAUACUUUUUGUGUGCUCAUAACGUUCACGAUCCGAAUGAAGUCGGAAAUGUGUUCUUCCCUUCUACUAGUUCUGAGGGUCAUUCAUGUUCUCGGAAAGUUCUCAUUUUUUAUUGUGAAUAUUCGCAGAAAAGAGGACCAGCAAUGGCUCACUGUGUCCGAGCAUUCGAUCGUAGCCGUAACUGUUACCCGGAGGUUGACUUCAAGGAGAUGUAUUUGCUCGACCGUGGAUACAGUUCUUUUUAUAGAUAUAACGCUGCGGCAGAACUAGAUUUGUGUGAACCGAAUGGGUACAUCAAAAUGCGUGAUAAACGUCAUGCUGGAGAGCUUCGAAAGUUCAGAUGUCACCAGAUGAGGUCAACAAGCGCUUUUGAUACUACAUUAAGGCCUAUUUCAAAACUGCAAUGCAGAAGGAAUCGGUGUCGCAUGUCUAGGACUUGUUCGUUACUUUCGUCUUGCCAUGUGUAUUCCGACGAUUCUUUAUGUGGAUGUGAGUGUGCGGGGCCACCAGAAUCUCCCACUAAGUUCAAUGAUUCUAGCUAG